AUGGUUGAGGAUAGAGUGGAUGAAGUUUCUGUGAAAAUCGGAAUUCUAGCUACAUAUUUUCGAGUGUUGAAGAAACUUGUAGCUUGGGGGAUGGAGGAAAAUGGGUUCGAACAUUUGUACCCGACUCCGGAAUAUGAUUUUGAUAUGAAUAUCGGGGAAGAGUGUAAAAAAGGAUUCGAAAUUUGCUUAGAUUCGAUUAUCAGUAAUAUUAGUGAAAUCCAACCGUGGAUUAUGCAGGACAACAUUGAACUAGAUGAGCUUUCUCUUACAAAAAUGAUCGACAAUCAACGGCUCGGAAUGGAAAUAUCUGCAUCACAGGGGGCCCUUCUAUUACGGGGGCCCUUCUAUUACAGGGGGCCCUUCUAUUACGGGGAUUUUAUGCUACCUGACCAACUCUCGCAUCAAGGCUUUCGAGCACAUUCCAUAUUGCGCUUAUCGAAUCCAACCAGUUGGUUCAAGACCUUUUAUAUGGGCCGGAAAGACUUUCACUUUUGCCCUGAUCCAUGCUGUUCCCGAAUUCCAUCAGUGGUUCGUACUUCCCCAAAGUAUGCUCCACUCUGUAAAAUGAAUCAAUGUGAAAAGAAAUCAACUUGUCUUAUGAAGCAUUUCGAGAACGAUGAUCUAUCGAAGCUGCGCCUGAAUCAGUUCAACAUCAACUGCGGAUGUGACAAACCCGGAACCAUCUACCGUCCAGAUAUCGGCCGAUGUGUUCAUCACAACCCAUGUACAAAACAAUCACUUUGUCGAGACUUUGGUCAGGAAUGUGUCAAUACGGCAACUGGUUACAAAUGCGUUUGCCAACUUGGAUACUUAAAAAACGAAUCCAAUUCAUGUGCCCCUUUGAAACUUUCUCCGGCACCUUAUCAUGGAUUCGCACUCUCUGAGAGUAUGGAAGAUCUUUGA